GUGAGUAAAAUCUUCUCAAGAAGUAGAACUUUCUCAAAAGACACGCAAAAUUAAAUAUUCUACUUGAAAAAUGAUGAAUUCACAUUGAAGUUGCGACAUUAUAUGAAAUUAUAAUCAUGAAAAAUAUAAUACUGAGAAUUGCGCAUUAGUAUUAGCAAACAGAGGCAUCAUCUAAUGGAAUACAUAAUGAAGGUAAGUGUUGUAGGGGUGAGUUUAAACACGCAAUUGUUCGUGGCUUUCGAACAAAAGACAUUUAACACAUCUUCUGAGCCUUCGUCAUCAACAAUAGCCUGGACAGUUCUUUUUGCAAUUACAUUAAUAAUCGAAUUGGUAGUUUAGUUUUGAUAAACGGUGAUAGCUAUCCUAGCGAUGGAUAUUUUCAAUCAACCCUGCUACAAAACCACCAAGAAUUGCACUACUCUGAUUGGUCGGUGGCCGUACCAAUCUCGAAAACAAAGUUUGAUAAUAAUUACUCUUCUAUGGAUCGCACUCGUGCUGCAAGCUAUUCCACAAAUUAUUGCUAUAGUCUUUUACGCUGAUGACCGGGAUAUUAUCAUUGAAGCAAUGUCGACAUUUAUAUUAGAUAUUGUGAUAACAACUAAAUAUUUAAACGCGACUUAUCACGCUGAAUUGAUAAAAAAGUUAUUCGAUAAAAUGGAAGUGGAUUGGAGGUUGCUGAUGAAUGAGGAAGAAAAAAAAAUUCUGCAGCAUCAUUCAAAUGUCGGAAAAUUGUUGGCAACUGCUUACACAGCAUUUUUAUUAACAUCGGCAACGAUAUUCGUUAUGGAACCAAUUUUACCAAGGAUAUACAGCUUGUUUUCAAAAUCCAAUGAAUCUAUUCCGUAUGAAUUCGCUCUUCCGCUAGAGUAUAUAAUAUUCGAAAAAGAGGAUCAUUAUUGGUUGAUGCUGAUUAUUACCAAUUUGUUCGCUAUUAUAAUUGUGUUUGGUAUCGUUUCAUGUGAUCUUAUUUUCAUAACAUUGCUGCAACAUAUUUGCGGAUUGUUUGCAGUUUUAGGGUAUAGGAUAGAACACACACCUAUUGAUGACAUUGAAACGAAAAAUGAUAAAGAAGAAGCCAUCAGUUAUCAAAAAUCUGAUCAACAUACUUCUUACCAACAUUUGGUUUCAUGCAUUGAAAUGCACACUAGAGCAUUGGAAUUUGCAGAGCAGCUAGAAAACUGUUUUGCGAUAAGCUUCGGUGUGGUGGUUGGGCUAAAUUUGCCGCUCAUGAGUGUCUCUGGUUUUAAUAUCAUAACACAAUCUCAUUCAGUGGAGCAAAUAGUGAAAGGCAUGACAUUUAUGGGCAGUCAAAUACUGCAUCUCUUUUUUGACUGUUACAUGUCGCAAAAACUUAAUGACUCCAGCUCACGUAUUUCUCAAAGCAUCGCUAAUAUAAAAUGGUACAAACAUUCCGUACAAUCCCAAAAAUUGUUGGUUUUAAUGACGGUGAGAAGUCAAGUACCCUGCAAAUUGACGGCUGGUAAAAUUAUGGAAUUGUCUAUUGAAAACUUUGCAAUGAUGCUAAAAACGGCUGGAUCGUACUUCACAAUGUUGUUAUCGAUGCAGUAGACAAUUUAUUAAUAAGUAGAUAAUUUCGUCAAUAAUAUUUGUUAAUUGUUAACACAUUCCAAUCGAAAUGAUUGAAGCAAUUAAAAUAGUUGCUGUUACAGAAAAGCUCUUUUUUUUCUUAUCCACACAUUUUUUAACGCGAUUAAUCAGACAUAAUCAAA